AUGGAUCUCGAAGAACGAAAAGAGCGUUUUGCGGAGGCACUCAAUAGUCGUGUGCUUGCGGAGUACAUAAAGGUUGUGAAUAUUCCGAUUUUAAUGCGGAAAGACUUCGAUCAGAUGUUGGAGGAUAUUCUGAAGUUGGUAGGUUACGAUAGAAAUGAUGAUCGUCAUCCUCUUACGUGGCCUAGGCCAUGUGGAAUAGGCGCCUCUACGAUGGGAAUAAUGGCUAAAACCUCGUACACCUUUUGGAAGUGGUUAACGACAAAUGGUAAGGACGUUUUGCGCAAGUAUAACCUCGAUCAUUGGACAAAGGUGAUGAUUUUGCAAGAAAAGACGAUCCGUCAAACCGAUCUCAAUCGACUUUGGUAA